UGGGUGCGGCGUGGUGGAUGACGCCGGUAUAUAAGCCCCUCGCCCGCCGGCCCGCGCUUAGUAACUGGGUGGUGCCUGUACUGAACGUGUGUUGCAUUGCGGCAUAUAAUAAUUAUUUUUUUUAUGAUCUGAAGACUGAAUAUGACCAAGCAAUAUAUGCCAUUGUGCCUAUAGACGAUUCCAAGAACAAAUCACAGAGUAACUUAAAGGAGGAAAUACCCUUUCUCAUGAUGGCUAGUUCAGCGAUAUAUCAAUCUCCAUAUCAAUCUCCAUCCGUGCGCAGCCCACCAAGGUGGAAUUGGUUGGGCAAUUCACAUCAACUAGAAAGCAGUCUUCUUAAGCAGUUGCAUCAGCAGAAGACUUCUAGCCUUCAGCAGAAAUUACCAAGGGGAAAAAAUCUCAGUCUCCAGUAUUAUAAAUUAUACGUGCAGCCAAAGAAUCAAUUGGGUAUUUCACGCUCCCGUUCCAGUGAAUUACAAAAACAAACGAAUGACAAUAAUACAUAUUCAUUAUGUACCGAUAAAUCACCAAAAAAUGAGAGACUUGGUGGGAACCUUCAUAAAGAUCCCAAUAAAACUGAGGCUGUAAAAAGAGUUUUGAGUUCUGAGAUUCACCCAGCAGUUGAUAAAACAUCUAGCCCCUUAACUUCUGGGCUGCCUUCUCAUACAAACUUCGAAAAAAGGAGGAAGGAAGAUUUACUGCAAACAUCAAUUAAAACAAAUAUGCCAACUCCCCAUUUAUCACUUCAAUCAAGUCUAAAACCUUUACACUCAAAGGGGAUGUCACAUAAAAAACAGAAAUUUCCAAGUGGACAGAUGCCAAAGACUUUAAUGUGUUAUCUCUGUCAAAAAAAUAUUAAAGAAGACCGCUUUGUAAAGCACCUGUUUUUUGGUCCUGUGAAGUGUUUAAAAUGUAAUAAAGAGGUUCAAGACUGUCACAGCUUUAAAUUGCUAUGCACGAAAACCAGCAUGGAGGAAACAACUUGUGACCAUAAGUUACAAUACUGUUCUAACCCAUUUGAUUACAUCAGCCUAAGACUUUCAGGUGAAUUUGGGUGCAAUGGUUUUGGUUCCUUAUAUUCUUCAAAUGUGCUGAAAGAUCUGUCGGUGUAUAUUGAUAAACUAGGUAUUGUUGAAAUGAAGGAUCCAUGGAGAACGGCAAUUUUGCAAUGUAAGAAACUUUUGCCAACCGCCGUUUCGAAAUCUUCAGAAAAUGCAAAACUUUCUCCUCAUGCACAUCCCAAUAGUUUGGAACACCAAACAACAGACACUACACAAAUGCCAAAUCUUACACCACUGCUUGAAAAUAACCAGAGAGGAGGCAAAAAACUUCUUGUUGCUCAAAAUAUUGAGUCUAGACAAGAAAGCUACUUGCAAGCAAAUAAGCAGAUUUGCAAUUCAAGUAAUAUAAAUGAAGAUGAGGACAUUGGGGACCUUCUUCUAUCUCAGACUUAUGGCCUUGAACAACUGGAACAAGCAAUAGAGUAUGUUCAGGUGCAUGGACACGGUGCAGCAGAGAGUCAUAAAGAGGCAGAACUCUUGUUAAAACCACUGAAAAAGAAAAGGGGUCCAAGAGGACCAUAUAAGAAGCGGAAGACACCAAAAGAAAAGUUGAAACCCAUUGUUGCUGGACAAAAUCACCAACGAAAGGAAAAAUUGAAACCCUUGGUCAUUGGAAAAGAUACUGAACCCGAGGAGGAUUUAUCUACUGAAUACAUUGAAACUCCUGCCAAUGGCUACUAUUAUGUAGUUCGUCAUGCCAUUGAGGAAUGUCCAAUGUGUUACAAAAUCUUGUGUCCCUCGAGGUUCACUGUUAAUGUUGAAACGUUUCUCAUGACCACAAUUUGUAUUGGAUGUGACCUGACAAUAUACAUAGUCCCUGAGCUUCCAGACGGCUCUACGCCAGGUGUAUCCAUUGUAACCGAAGAAGAAUUCAAGAAUCCACCUCAGUCUUUGGCAGGAACUGAGGGAAAGAAACGAAAAUAUGCAAAGCCUGGAAGACCAAGAAAGUCUGUAAAACCUCAAAAUAUUUCACAUUUUAUUGCUUAAAAGUUGGUAUCCAUAAUACUUUGUGUAAUUUGAUUACCGUGUAUUGUUAUAUGGAUGCAUCAUUAUACAAACUUUAAAUAUGAUACAAAAAUAUCAUUCCUAAGUUAUCAAGCACUGUGGAUAACCUUUUACCUGCGAGGUGUGCAUUUAAGCCAAAUGUAAUAAAAUUUUUCUACUGUACAUACAAUAAAAAUUUUGUAUUAGGUU